UUCGUUAACAGACGCAAAAAUAAGAGCAAACAGGAGUCUAAAAUUGCGUUUAUUAACCAACAUGUGGCCAGUCCAAAUGUAAACAACGAGGUUUUCGGAAAACUCAAAAUCGAGUCAAGAUGGGUCGCACCAAGAAGAAAGUAGAGAUUGUAUUCGAUUCACAAAAACGCAAAGACUUCUUAACUGGCUUCCGAAAGCGAAAAAACGAACGCCGCACGCGGGCAAAGGCGCAAUUGGAUCGCAGUCUGAAAGAGGAGCACAAACGUAUACGAAAGGAGGUUAAAGAUGGCUUCAAGCAUCUCAAAAAAUCCUUUGAACCCCUACGGGAACUAACUGACGACGAUAAGAUUGAAGGCUUACAGCAAACUGAAGCAUACGAAGAUGAUGAAGUCCAAGUUAAAAUCGUCGAACUGACCACGAAUGAUUUGGCUGCUCAACGCAAUAUGCUUGGUGCCAACAUAGCUGACGAGAGUGAUGAAGAGGAAGCACCACAGGAGAGCGAGGACGAUGACCUGCAUCAGACCAAUGUCAUACCCGGCAUGGAUUUCGAUGUCAAUGCCAAACGGAAACGCAAAGCGGUAGCCGGAGCUGAUGAAGAAGAAGGUAGCAAGGCUGUCGAUGCAGAUAUUAGAAGCAAAAAGGAAUUGGACAGACUGAUGAAAACAAAAACGCUGAAGAAAAUAAAAAAGAGCAAGUUGUUCAAGCAGAAAGAGCGCAUUGACAAGAAGGCCAAUCUACAGAAGGCGAAACGUGAUCGUAACAACACCAUCCGAAGCGUACCCAAGCAUCAAAGGAAGAAACUGAAGCAUGGCAAACCGACAGCUGGCGGACAGACGCGCUAUCGCAAAGGUCGCCUAAUGAACAAGAAGGAGCUACGUCGCAAACGAAGCGGUGGCGGCGGCGAUUAGCGUUAGCCAAAAGUCUAAACCAUCUAAUUUACAUAGUACA